GCUUAUGCAUCAAGACUUGUGACAGCUUUAAACCCUUGGAUACCAGAUGUGGUUCUUGCACUAGGACCUUGUUUCAUCAACAACAACUUGGAAGAAGAAAGCUCAUACACCAGCUCGUUCAACCACAUUAAGCUCUGCUUUCCGUCAUGGCUUUUUACAUGUGCGAAGAUCGAACUACUUGAAAUCAACAAAGAAGAUGAGACCUCGGAAUCCCAUCUACAAUUCCCGGCAUUCAAAAGAAUGAGAAACACCAUAGUUUCGUUGGUGAAAGGUAACUCUAAGGUGGUCGAUGGGAUUGGUUAUUUUCUUUUGAUGUGUUCUGCAGUGAGUAUAGAGAAGAAGGAUUACAGUACAGCUCUAGGAUUGUUGAACUUUGUAUGUGUGAAAUUGGUUAGUAGAGAAGAUAGAGAGUGGAGAGAGCUGGACACAAUGUUGGUGUUACUUCCAAGAAUCUACCCGAUCAUAGAGCGAGAGAUUGGUGAAGAAAGUGAUGAAGAUGUAGUGAAGAAACUGGAGGCCGCAAGAGAUUUGCUUCAACCUGUGUGGAUGUACCAUGUCUACGAGACCAGAAGGUUUCGCAUGAUGGAGGAAGAAGAAGAAGAAGAAUAGAUAGGAACAUAAAAUGAUUGGUUUUAGAGUUUUUAUGCAUUGUCACACAUUCGGGAUCAGAGUGUUCUUUUGAAUUCUUAAAUUGAAAUUGAUCCUCCCCGAAGAGAACUAGUCCAAGUUGUAUCGGUAUAUGAGGUCUUUGAAGGUUUGGUCUGGCAGUUACAACGCCAUUUCUUUUGCCAGAUGACUUAUGUAUAAUUUUUAUUUUAUAUAAAUUGAAAUUGAUAAAGAAAAAUUACGUAA